AGGCUCCUCGCCCGGCGCCGUGCGAGAGCUGCGCGCUGCCGCAGAUCAGCCGCAGCUUGUCGCAGUUCUGCCGCGCAGGCCCCUCCGCUUCGGCCGCGCCUGCGGCGCGCGGGGAGUGGGUGGGUGGUGCUCAGCGCUGGCGCUUCCGUCGCCAGGACGCGCCAUGCCGCAGCGAACGCUCUGAGUCGCCCACCACUUGCUCAAGAGCCAUGCACCCGGUGACCGCCCAGCGAUGGGACCUGAAAGCCCGCAGCGCUUCAGACUCCGAGCUCAAGAGGCUCGGCUACCACCCCGGCCUGCCACGUGCACGAGGUGGCCCCAACGCCCAGUCCCGCUUCAAGGACCUGGUACCGGAAGAUCUGAGGGCCAAUAGCGAUUGCUUUGAUCCGCCCCCUCAGAUGCGCGCGCUGGCGGCAGACCGGGAACACCGGCGCAAGGUGAAGUUGCAGACGUUGGAUCGCAUCAGGGUACUGCGCUAUGAGGACCCCAGCGCUGGACGGCUGGUGGUGCAGCGGUGGCGGCCCGGCUACGUGGAUCUCAAGGUCUCGCUACCAAAAGAACCCGCAUCACCUAACGGAUCCUGGCAAGGAGGGCUCCGGAACACCGUGUGUGACAACCUGGUGACAUUCUCCGGGGUGUUUUAGGCAAACGGAUUUGUGAGCCGCAGGAAGGCGACCAAUUAUCUUUGGGUCACCCCCUGAGGGGGUGCUUUUCCGCUUGGCACUGGCAAACUUGGGAGCUUCUUGGAUGGCACA